CAACAAACUGUCAACUUGUUUCCAUGGUUUUCAUAAACAAAGACGCAUUAAUACGCCAACAAUGAACAAACUGACAGAACUAGAAGGCACGGCACACUUGCUCGAUGAACUGGAUAAGAAAUUAAUGGUGUUACUCCGGGACGGGAGGACUUUAAUCGGUUACUUGAGGAGUGUUGAUCAAUUCGCCAAUUUGGUGCUGCACAGAACCAUUGAACGGAUACACGUGGGCCAGGAAUAUGGCGACAUUCCUAGGGGUGUGUUUAUUGUCAGGGGGGAAAAUGUGGUGCUUCUUGGUGAAAUUGAUGCAGAAAAGGAAGCCGAGCUGCCACUGACUGAAGUCUCUGUUGAUUACAUUCUGGAUGCACAAAGAAAGGAGCAGGAAUCGAAGCAGGAACAACAGAAAUUGGUCUCGAAAGCUUUAAAGGAAAGAGGUUUGCACAUGAUGGCUGAUUUAACACAUGAUGAUUUGUUUUAAUUGAGCUGUGAAAUUAAUUGUAAAUAUUUUAAAGUUUA